GAAUACAAAAUCCAAAGCCUCUUUCUCCACACAAUAUACAAGAUGGCUCCUAGCCCAGCCUCCCCUUAACAUUCCUCGUCCUCUUCGCCAAUGGCCGACUCUCUCCCUCCGAAUGCUGGCCCUAAUUUCCCCUCUUUCCUUCUUCCUCCACGUCCUCCGACGCUUACUGCCUCGCCUCCGCCUCCACCUCCACCUCCACUUCCAUCUCAGCCUCCGCCUCCAUCAUCAGCUCCUGGCCUCGAGAGCCUGCCCAUCGCUGGAGGCCACUCUUUCUCCCUCCGCCGUCCGGCUGUGCGGGUGACAUCGGAGUUCGACAGCGACAGAUCCGUAUUUUUCCACAAGAUCUCCUGCAAACUCUUCGACAGCCUCGCCAAGCUCAAGCUCACCUUCCAGAACGAUCGCAACGGCGUGAUCGCUUAUCCGCAAAUCGGUUUCAUCACCAAGCACUUUGCUGCGCUCUACGACUUGGAGUCUCGUAAUGCUCUGCUUAAGGGAUUCUUCGACAUUGGUGACGCUUUGCGGGUCCGCGCCACCCACGAUACCAAGACUGGACUUAUUGGAGUGCCAAAUUAUUUCCAUAUAGGAUUAUCAGCAAAGUGUUUAUCUGUCUCAUGCACAUAUGAAAAUAAUAAUUCUCUUCUUUCUUGCUUCAAUUUUGGUAGUGUCUUCAUAUUCAAGUGUACCCAAAGAAAGGAGCAACAAGGAGAAAUUGCAAUUAUAACAAACUUGUUUAACCCAUCAUAUAAAUUGGAGGUGGCUUCACCUGUUCCAUCAGUUGGUCUGCCAAGAGCAACCGUCUGUUUUCCCCUUGGUGAAGUGUCAGUGGAGGAGAAGAAAGACCAGGAAGCUGAGAAAGUACUGUCUAUAAGUGGAAUUCUCAAAGGUUACCUAAUGAAUGGAGUGUGUACUGCAUUAUACCAGAAUGAGGAGCUGAAUCUAAGUUACCGUUACAAGGAUGAAAAUAUGUCUUUCAUACCAAGUAUCUCUCUACCAUCACAAGCACUCUCCUUUGCAUUAAAGCGCCGUUUUAAUCCCUCAGACAAGAUGAGUUAUUGGUACCACUUUGACUCUAACGAUUGGAGCAUCGUGUACAAGCACACUGUUGGCAAGGAUCUGAAGUUUAAAACUGGUUAUGACUCAGAGGUGCGACUUGGAUGGGCAUCUUUUUGGGUUGGGGAUGAAGAUGGCAAUGCCAAGGCAGCACCAAUGAAGAUGAAAGUCCAGUUCAUGGUCCAAGUACCGCAGGAUGAUAUCAGUAACUCAGUUUUGUUGUUUCGGGUUAAGAAAAGGUGGGACUUCUAGUCGUGUUUUGUCUCGUAGUAAAGUGGUGUCUUCAACACAUUGUUGUCUACGUUAUUCCUCAUAAUUAAAGAUCAUUAGUUUCAAUAA